UGAAUAACACGUCUACUCACAUAGACUCCUACAUAUGCACAAAAACCUCUCGGCAGUCAGCUCUCAGACUCAGAACGCAGGCGCGUCAAUUCACUCCACAUCGUCCAAGUAGAUUGAGAUCCGUUUGUUAACCACCGUCUGCCAUGGCUCCAAAACCCAUUACAAGUCCAGUGCCGGAUGCGUGGUACCCGACCCUAUCUGUGUUCAUGCUCUCAAUAGGUCUCCUCCUCACUGCUUCAUUCUUCAUUUAUGAAGCAACCUCCUCUAGGCAGAAUCGCAGUCUCGCCAAGGAGCUUAUAACAGGAGCAGUAGCAUCUGUCUUCCUAGGUUUUGGGUCCUUAUUCUUGCUACUUGCUUCUGGCGUUUAUGUUUAA